ACACAGCAGAAGUCAGGCAAAGUUGAGGGGAAAGGGAGGCACCGCUAAUGGAACUUUUGUCCUAGCAAGAACUCUCCAGCCCCUGAAUGAAAUUCAGAAGCCUGGUCUGCUUCUGAGUGUCAGAAGGAGGCUGCCAUGGAUGCAGCUGAUUCCUUCACAGCAUCCUCUUGCUGCUGGUCCAAUGAUGCUCUUCUGCUCUUCCUCCAGGGUUCUCCUUCUCCUUAAACAAGAUGUCUCACCAGAAAAAGCAGCCCACUCCCUGUCCUCCCGUGGGUUGUGGAAAGACCUCCGGUGGAGGAGGCGGUGGCGGCGGCGGUGGUGGCGGCGGCGGAGGCUGUGGCUACUAUAGCGGUGGCAGCGGUGGCGGCUCCAGCUGUGGAGGUGGCUCAUCUGGAGGCGGCUCCAGCUGCGGAGGCGGAGGCGGUGGCUCCUACGGAGGCGGUUCCAGCUGUGGCGGAGGAGGUGGCUCCGGUGGGGGCGUCAAGUACUCCGGAGGCGGUGGCUCCAGCUGCGGCGGCGGCGGCUACUCCGGGGGCGGCGGUGGCUCCAGCUGCGGCGGCGGCUACUCCGGGGGCGGCGGUGGCUCCAGCUGCGGGGGCGGCUCCAGCUGCGGUGGAGGCUACUCCGGUGGCGGCGGCGGCGGCGGCUGCGGUGGUGGCUCCUCCGGGGGCGGCUCCAGCUGCGGAGGAGGCUACUCCGGUGGUGGCGGCGGCAGCUGCGGCGGCGGCUCCUCCGGGGGCAGCGGCGGCUACUACUCGUCGCAGCAGGCCACCCAGAGCUCCUGCGCUCCCCAGCAGAGCUACGGAGGGGGCUCUUCAGGCGGAGGUGGUAGCUGCGGAGGCGGCUCCUCUGGUGGCGGCGGCGGCGGCUGCGGCGGAGGCUACUCCGGUGGCGGCGGCUGCGGCGGAGGCUACUCCGGUGGCGGCGGCUGCGGCGGAGGCUACUCCGGUGGCGGCGGCGGCGGCUGUGGCGGCGGCUCCUCCGGGGGUGGCAGCGGUGGUUGCGGAGGCGGCCACUCCGGGGGCGGCGGCGGCGGCUCUAGUUGCGGCGGCGGCUCCUCUGGGGGCGGCUCUGGAGGUGGCAAGGGUGUCCCUGUCUGCCACCAGACCCAGCAAAAGCAGGCGCCUAGCUGGCCCUGCAAGUAAGGUCCCCAGGUUGCCACGGAGACGAAGGAGCUGGAGGUGUUCUCCGUGGGCGCCGGCAGGCUUAACUUUCUCAUGAGAUUGCCCGAGGGUUUCCAGACCCUUCGCAUCUUGACACCCCCCACCCCCGCCCCAGAAGAAGCCAUUGAGUCACUCAACCUGCAUCUUGUUCUGCAGAUGUUCUGUCUUGGUUUCUGAAUGACUACCUCCCAACUCCAGUACCUCCUCAGUCAAUAAAUUUGCAAUUCAUGAGAAUCUCUGAGUCUCCAGUAGUUUUUGCAGCCUGUAAAUUCACUCACUCCAUCCUGUCCUCGCUUCUUCCACUUAUUCAUUCACACUUACAUUAAUUCAACAAGUAUUCUAUCCAAAGGUAGGGGGAGUAGAUGGGAUGGCUGGCAAGUGAUGACCAAGAAUGUGAACCAGUUUGUCCCCCAAACACAAAGGACAGUCUUCACUGGACAUCUUCCACAUCCCUGUGAGUUGGGCAGUCACCAGGGGUGGGUCAGGUCUUCUUAAGGCAGCCUACCAGGCAAUUUCUUGCAGCUCGGAAUUUACUCUCCAAGUUCUGGAAGUCGGGCGGCUUUGUCCAGCAGCACUAGCAUGCCGCAAGGACUAAGAAAGAAAGAAACGCAACAGCCCCUUUGAAACUGUCCUCUCCUGCCCCUUUAGCUCUUCUGCCCCUUCCCAAUCCUUUGUGCUGAAGAGAACCCUUUGAUCAGAUUUUAGCUAACUAGAUACCAGAGGUCCAAGUCCAUUGACAUGUUCUGACCAGAGAAGAAGGGCAUGACCCCUGGACCAGAAGACCCCUGCCCAGGUAAUCUUCCUGCUGAUUGUAACUACUUUCCUUUCUCCAUAAGUCCAUGACCCAUGGUAGA